AUGCCCUACCCGCGGCCCGUCUCGUCGCUCAGACUUGAGACACAUACGGCUCCUAUCGACGAUAUAACUGGCGAUGAGUUACUUGGGUCUGAUGAUGAGCUGAACGAGACUGGCCGCGCCGCUCAACAGCAGAGAAUCGAGAAGUUGGCAGAAUCAUACCUGCAGGGCCGGCCGCUGUUAAUCCUCUCUGCUGCUCUACGGGGACCGUUCGAGAAGGACUGGAAAAACCCAUGGAAGAAGGAUCGAAGGGUGAUCGUCAACGGUGCGGCAAAGAAGCAUGGGAAAAAGGCGAUGGAAAAUGCGGGCCAUGUCAUACAAGAGACCGACUUAGGGAAGCCGAAGUACCGCGAGGAUUUAGCUGUUGCUUCUCGAUGCCGAUCAGAGGCUAGAACUAUUACUAUCCCACCCCCUACUGCGCUAGCACCCAAUGCCAGUCCCUCUGUCACGCCCCGAUCAGCACAGAAAAGAACCCUCCAAACCACAGCCUACGACGAACAAAAUCGCGCUCCACCACGCUCCAUCAAAAGAACCAAAGAGACAUAUUCAUCGCGAAUCGACGACUACUCGUUCGCUACCGGUGGACCAGCGGAUUGGCUGAAGAAAGACCGGAGACGGAUGGACUUUACGCGGUUCGAGCCUCCUAGCUCCCCGACGCCGAAGAAUGCAUGUCGACAGGCAGAGAACAAGACGGGGGUGGGGUUUUCGCGCGCCAUGGAGGUGCGCGUUCCAGUUACUCCUUCGCCCAUAAGGAAUUCAGGAGCCACUGCGAUCGAUGACAAGGUCACAAUGGCCGAGGCUAUGGACAUCUCACCGGAAAAUACUCCAUUAGAGGUACCAAUGCAGCAAAUCCAAGACCCUGCUAAUUCUGAAAAAUCCCCGAUUCCCAGACAAUCACCGAUAGCCAAGGGCUCACUAAAGGUCAAGGCAAAUGGCCCUGCGCAAUCCUCAUUUCGUGUCAUUUCUUCGUCAUCUCAGUUGCCGCGCUUUGAGUAUCGAAGGCCGCACCGGAAAUAUAAGAAUCCCGAGUCGGAGGAAAUCCUUCCCGUUGAAUCUCUUGGUCCUGCUGAGAAUGAAUCUCAUGCUGAGCGACCUGCAGCUGCGGAGUCGGCUGCAAAAGAAGCCCAACAAGUUGUUUCUGUGGAGAGAUCGGCCGCGAAUCGGGAUGCAUCAGAUGUCAACGGUCAUGGAGAUAUAGUCCUUCCAGAUAUCGAAGGCAACCUUCGGGCCGCGAUUGGUCCCAUAGGUAUUCAGGUUGAUUCUGAACUCACUCUUCAAGAAGACGAUAUAGCUAUCCCGGACGUUCCAGAAGAGUCCAGUGAGCCACUGGCCAAAAACGAUAGAGAGGGUGCCGACGAACCUGUCCGGACACCCAGGGAUCUCACCUUCAUCGAUGAGGCGAAUGGCUCAUCUUCCACUGAAGGAGUGUGGCUCCAGACUGAGCAAAACACUCAUGAGAGCUUCCCGUCUGCUCAACAAAUAGCAGUUCCUCCAGGGGUUUCAGAUCGCAUACCAUCGUUGCACUCGACCGCUAUGCCGAGAAAAAACCCUGAGCAGAAGACAGAACACGGUGCGGAUACCCAGUUAUCGACUCAAGCCGCCUUGCUUCAUGCUCAAAGAUCGUUCCAAGAAGACCUGGAAAGCCCUGAACCUGAAUAUCCCCAUCUUGCAGACCCGGAGGAUACUGUGUGGGGACCUGGCGAGGAGUCACUCCUGGCACAUGAAACACCGUACAACGGGCCCCAGUAUUUUGAGCGAGUUCCAGAUCUAAGCCUGAGAGGAUUUUCCAAGGGCAAGGUACAGGCUAUGAGCACGCAGUACAUGAUCGACGCCGCCAGUCCUUAUACCUUCAGCACGGAAAAGCAAAUUAAGCCCUUUCGGGAGAUUUCCCUCGACCCGCGCAGCAGCAAAAAAAAUGGAGCUGCUCCUAACGCAGAGCUUUCGUCUCCCUCGCCUCGGGUGCCUUCGCCUUCUCAGGAGAAAGAAUUUCACACUGCUCAUGCAAGCCCUUCCCGGCCAGAAGCCCACCCAGAACCUGAAUAUACCCACCGAUCAGCCACCCAAAGGACCCUUCUCCCAUUUGCACUGAGUGGCUCCACACCCACUACAGCCCAAGAUGGCCAAGGCGCCCACCAAGGCCCAGAAAGCUUCGACCUCAGUCAGGCCAUCGCUGACGCCGGUAGUUGGCUGCAGCAGAGCUUCGACUUUAUGAAAGAAAUCGGGCGUCCCAGUCAGGCUACAAGGCCGGCGUAG